CUGCUCAGGGAUCCCACCGCUGAUGUUUGUUUCUUUGCGGUCAUAUUUGACUGAUUGUUAACGAGUAUUGUUCUUCUCUUUGUUUCUUUGUGAAUAACUUCUUUUUUUCUUCUGUAUGACAGAAAGAAAAUAACUUUUAAAUAGGAAUUAGAAUCACUGGCUACUCACAGAGCCCAGUGAGUCUGGAAGAAACCAUUCUGUUUAUCAGAUCUGUCUGGUCUAACCUCGCUGCAUUAGAGGAAUUACCUUCCUUUUCUAGCUGGAGGAAUGAGGCCAGAGCUUUUAGGUCUUUCUCCAAAUUAUGAAUUCAUGUAGUAAAUGAUUGAUAAAGCUGUUAGAAAUCAUAUCUCCUAGAACUUGUCGUUGUUUCGUGGGCUAUGGCUACUCACUGAAAUCGGGUUUCUGCGGGCUUCUUUCCCCCCUUUCUUUGGCCCAUAGUAAACUGCAGAGAGGGACGUGACUCCCCACUGGAUUGCAGUUCUAUUAGGACUAAACAGAUUGCGAAUUAUCACUUUAAACUCCAGCUGUUUUGUAAAGUUGUGGCUUAUUUUUUUCCUCAUUUGCUUCACCAAAACUCAUAAUGCCAUGGAAAUAAGGGAUGAAAAUCAAAGUAAAGAUUUUUGUGGAAUAUGACGUAUCAUGAGUAGUCCUUACCUCGGUAAUACUGAAGUUGUGGAUAUAUUUAAUAAAAGGAGUCAUUGGAACUGGACUCAGAGGUAGAGAGCUCUAUUUAAGGGAUAUUAAUGAUGCAGCAGUCUGAAGACACUUGGAGAUCUUCGGCGUGUGCUAUAGGAAUUCACCCCAGAGCUGCCUGAAGAAGGACUAUUAGCGUUUUUACUUGCAUUAGGAUUCCUGGACAUUUCCUUAAGGGGAACAGAUUGUACUGAAGUAAAAAGCUGUAAUUAGUGUCAGCGUCAGCCUAACUGGGGAUUUUGUGGUGGAGCUCUUUUCAUUUAUUGCACCAUACAGGUAGGAGAACACCUUGAGAUAAUGUUCUGGUGCUAAUCCGUAAAUUGUGCUAUGAUACAUCAAAGGCUUUGAGAAGAUAACGAAUAUGUGGGUAAUUAAAUCACCAUUAGAUAAUGUAUUGGGUGUUGACAAAGAGCUUAGUUGUGGAAUGUAAUUGGUCUUCAGUGCUCGUGCUGAAAACUGUAGCGUUAUGAAGGCAAUCUUACAGGAACCAAUCUGACCCUUGGGUGCAAGAAGCCUCUUUGGAGGUGGGGAGAGACGCCACUCCAGAGAUGUUUAAUUUAAUUUACCAUUCCAAAUUUGAGCUUGUUCUGAUGUAAGCAAGCCAGGCCUGAGGCGUGCGACAGCUCCUUGUUUUCUGGCUGGGAUUCCGGAUACCGGUGAGCAAAUCUUAAAGGAUUAAUAUUAUGUCAUCAAAUAUCAUCACGGGAUCCAGGGAAACACGGCCUGUCACAGAGGUGCAGUGAAAUCACCGUUGCUCUGAACAUUGUGUCCCUUCGCGCUGAGCAGAGUCAUAGAAUCAUAGGAUCAUAAAGAUUGGAAAAGACCUCGAGGAUGAUCAAGUCCAACCCCCAACCUAACACUACCAUGUCUCCUAAACCAUGCCCUGAAAUGCCACGCCUGCACGUGUUUUGAACACCUCAGUUCUGCUGGCUCUUUUAAGCCUCUGCCGGCCUGGUGCUGCUCGCUCCGCUGCCGCCUGUGUGGAGUUGCUCUGCAUGCCAGGCCAGCGGCACAUCUUCCAAUACCACUGUGGCAUCUUUUUCAUCUUAACUUCCACUGGGGUCAGUCAGGGUUUUCCCAACCGUGCGCUAAGUGGUUUCAGUCCUUCCCAAACUCCUAUUUCCAAACAUAUUUCAGAGUAACCGAGAAACAACGAAUAUUUCACAGAACAAAAACUACAGAUUUUUGUGGGGGUUUAUUUUGGCCGCAUUGUUCUACCAGAAGUUCUGUUAUCCACUUGAGUUUUGUAAGGUAGGUAUUUUUGCAGGUGUCCUGAGACCAAGAGUGGUGGUCUGAGAUAGUAGCAAUUUCUGAAGAAUAUUUAUCCAUUUGUGGCUGGGUGUUUCUGCUCUUUAACAACUGUGAGUUCUGGUCAGCGGUGAUUUUGGUUUCACCUGCGCUGUUGAAUACGUUGGAUAGACAUUCCGGGCGUGCUCGUAACGUGCCUGGAUGUUGAGAUAUCAGAGUGGAAGGGGAAGGACCAGUUAUUUAUUGUGAUUGUUGUAGAUAGGUAUUGAUGAGCUCACAUUUUGGUAUAUUCUGGAUUUUCUUCAGUACCUGUUGGUCUGUGGGAACCUGCUUCUGAUGAUGAGGUGGGGAAUGGAAAAUUUUUUACACGAUCACCCUCCAGUAAAAAGGGGUAUGUGAGAGACUCAGAGAAGUUCGUAAAAGUUUUUCAUGUUUCUGCUUUUGUUUCUCCUUCUGGCUUUGAGAGCGUUGCUCUUGUAGAAGAGGAUCUGAACGGCGAGCUGAUGAACGAAGACAUCCGUAUCCAUAGCUGGCCUUGUUCUUACUACUUGGACACCAGCAAACAAUGGGUGUCUGGCAGACUCUCACUGACUCCCGUGGCGAUCAAAUUUACAGCUGACAAGACUGGGGAGCUUUUGGUCAACUUCCAUCUUUCUAGUAUCAGUGAGAUCAAGAAGGAAUCUUCAAAUUUAAUCUUCAGCUCCCUUACCAUCUUAGAGAAGAACACCAAGCACUGGUUCAGUUCUCUGCAGCCCAACAGAAAUGUGGUAUUCAACAUCCUCGAGCACUUCUGGAGGGAGCAGUUGCUGUCAAGUGAAGGCGCAGGAGCAGAAGCAGCAGCUUUGCAAUCAACAAAGGGAAAAGAACUGACCGGGUUAUUGACUGGGUCACAGAAACGACUGGAGGACACGGCAAAAGUCCUGCAUUACCAGGGCGAGCAGUUCGAUAACAUCAUGAGGGGACUCAACAAGAUCGAAGGGGAUAUGGAUGUAGCAGACAGGUUGUUGACGGAGCUCGAAUCUCCUUCUUGGUGGCCGUUUAGCAGCAAGCUCUGGAAAGCGCCAUUGGAAACCAAGCCAAAGGAAACUGCCACAGUUUCCGAUUCGAAGAACCAGGAAGGAAUCAUAAUUAGAAUUCCAGUUAUUAUCACCCACAGAACAGACUCAAAUGUCAAGCCAGGAAAACUCACGCUCUUUGCUUCUGGCCUGGAAAUCAGUGACUGCAAUUCUCAGGUCAUUCACCGGUUUGAAUCAAAGGAUGUAGAUGAUAUCAGAGUUCAUACGCCAUACGAAAUCAGCGUCCGUCAGAGGUUUAUUGGGAAGCCCGACACCUCUUACCGGCUCUUGUCAGCAAAGAUGCCAGAAGCAAUUCCCAUCUUGGAGAUGCAGUUUAGCAAGAAGAUACAGUUUUUAGAAGAUGCCCUAGGAUUUGUUGGUGCCAGGAAGUCUCCUCAGGUGGAUUUGGGGGCCUCCAUUUGGCAAGCAGCUACAGGGCUCCUGGGAGGAGUGGUGCAGCCCAGCUCUCCGGUGGGCGGCGGAGACGGCAUGGACAAUGACCAGGUUCAGCUGCAAAAGCAAGAGAAGAUCUCCCAGGAAGAAGCAAAAGAGCUUAAACAGAUACUAAAGAAACUGAAGGGCCUUGCCUUGGAGACAGAAGCCGAGCUGGAGAGACAGGACGAAGCUCUCGAUUCCAUCACUACCUCCGUAGACCGUGCGACGCUGAAUAUUGACAAGCAGAACCGCAGGAUAAAGAGGCUGACGUAGCGCCCCAGGAGCCGGCAGCGGCGGUGUCGUGAGGAAGAGGAGGAUCGGGGAACUGCGCUUUUGAAGACUUUCUUUAAUACACUUUGAUUGCAUGGGAGGCGUUUGCGAUAUUGUCUGGAAUACGAUGCUGCUGUUGUUAAGUUCCUGAGGGUUUUGAAAAUGUUUCCAGACUUGGAUGAUGCUUGAAGGCUGUUUUAGGGUUAAAAAGGCCAAGACUUUUAAUUGCGGUGGAACAGUGAUAGUGGAUUCUUUACUGCAGAAAAUCUGUAAAUAGGAAGGGAUGUGAUAUAAUCUGAAUCAACUUUUAUGUGCUUUUUUUUUUUAUGUUGCUGCUUUUGAAAGUUUGGGGUUUGGUUUUUAUUUUUUACUGCAAUGAAGAAGUGAAGGAGAAAUGAACUGCAUAUGAGACUACUUUAGAUGAUUACAGCCUAUUAAUUCUCUUUCAAGGUCUUUCUUUAAAAGAGUUAAUAGCUGAACUAAGGGCCAGAUGUCCAACUGCAAGUCAUUGAGGCUAUUUUUUUUGUGUAAGUUAAUGCUGAGGUGAGCAAAUGAUGGUGAUAAAACCUUGUGUUCCCUGAGCAAAUAGUUUUAAUAGGUUUCAAUCAUGCUUUUAAUGUACCCAGAAAUUUUGUAAGAGCGGUGAAGACUUCGUGGCCACAGCUGCCUGUUCCCACGUCCUGGGAAAUCAAAGGACGGUUAGUUAAUGUGCAUGUAUCGGUAGAGGCAUCUACUUAUUGAGCAGAUUUUUUCCUUUUUGCCAUUUGAUAAAUGUUUUGCUUCCUUAAGUCACUUAUAAAAAGUGUCAAAGUUAAAUACAUGCUUCUGCUUUCCAGAAAGGGACCGCUGGUCUUCGAUGAUCAUCUACACGUUUUUGUGAGUUUUAUUUUUCCCUGUUAAACUGCACCCAUAGCGAAGGAAUUGAUUUUGGAGUGAUUUUUGGAUUUCUUCAGUUCUUGGGCUUCACUGUUUGUAUCCCUCACUUGCACGCGGUGGUUUUAUGUUUUCGGUGAUAGUCUGACGCGGGCUGCAGCGUCCUCAGAGCACCGUGAGCGCAGCAUUCGCUUAGUGCGGUCCCUAAGUACCGUGUUAGACCUGGGCUGCCACGUCUCUGAUGGACGUGAGCGGAGGGCCUCUCGCCCCUUUGCUUCUCCGUCCUUCAUUUCCCAGGGAUUUCCCUGCCAUUCGUCUCCGACCCUCUAAAUGGGAACUUCAGGAGCUGGGUGGAGCAUCACGUGGGUUUUGUGCAGGCUCCCAUGCCUGUGGUCGGAGCUGUAGGCAUCUGUGUAACGUCUGAUAGUCGUGGCACAUCCCUCUAGCUUGUGGCUUUUAUUUAUUUGCACUAACUGCUGGUGAAGCAUUUCAAGACUUCAGCAGACCUGUAUUUCUAAAAGAAAAGGGAAUACUGUCAGCUGUUGUCCAAGAGGUUUUGCCGAGUUCACAGUUGGCCCCAUCGGGACGACAGGACGGUGGAGACCUUCUCCCUCCUAACUUUCUUGAUACGAUAUAGGAGAGAUUCCAGGUAACCCAUGUAUCCGUUGCCUGUGGCGGAGAACUCGCAUCUCAUCAAUUGCUAUAGUUCACCAGCUAUUUUAGUUCAAAGUAGCUGUCUUGUUGUUUUUUUUUUAAGUGUUUUUAUAUUAAAAAAUUCUUGUAUUGCUUUCAAAUACAACCCUUUUGGUGCAAUAUUUUCGACUAGUGAAGCUUUGAACUGUUUAUUCUACUGAGAGCUGAUGUGAAAUUUUCCCGUUUCGGAGUAAUUCAGCCUACCUUUUAAAGAAAGGUACAGUAAAUCACGUAGAGUAUGUUGUUUUCAACAUCUUACUCUACCUUGUUUUGUAUUACUUCAUAUUCGUUUGUUAGUGUUGGAGUAAAGCGUACUUCUGCACCGUGAGUUCCUCAUGGACGGUCCAAGUUGUUACUGGCAUGCACUUUACCUACUUGCUGAAUAUGGUGAUUAUAUACACAUACACUAUGUACUGUGAAAUAAAACGUUGUCUGGGGAUCGCUUGUUUGUUUCCGAUACCCAAAUCAGUGGUGUUUUACUGUAAAAAGAAGGUCUGUUUACACAACUAAUCAUUUCAUGAAUUUAAAAGUACACUUUGCACAAAAUGUGUGUUAACUGAACCUGGUGCUGACUGGGAACAAAUCUCUACUCUGAAUUAGUCGGAGCCAGGAUUGCCAAAAGUAAACGCUAAUUACACAUCGUUUAGUUUAGCAUUCUUUGUGCCAUACUUCUUAUUCUUGUGGUUUUUUAGCACCAGCUGUCGCAUCUGGUUCAGUGUUUUGUGGUUUGUGUUAGUCCAACGUGUCGAGACUAAAGCAAAAAAAAAAAAGGUAAUAUUGUCUGUAAGAAGCGACCCGUUCUAGAGCUGUGCGUUAGCUAAAUUUCAUGUGCCCGCAGGACUUUCAAGCUGUAAUUUCUUCAUAUUAAAUAUCUUGGAAUAGUGA